AUGACUAGGUUGGAGGAACAAGAAGGGCCCACUGAAGAAGCAGCCAGAGCCGCCGUGGAAAGCCAGGAGCAAGUUGUGCUUCUGUGCACCGUCUUCGGGCUGCUGCUGGUCCAGGCCUGGGAGCAGUGUGGCCUGGGGAGAGCUCUGGCGGCGCAUUCAGGGCGGGUCUUUGACGGACAGCCAACCGGGGGGCGGGGCGGGGCUGCAGAGCGGUCCAAUCAGGAGCGCCGGCGGGAGGCGGGUCCGCUCCGAACCGCUGGACCUUCCGUUCUGGCUCCGCCAUCUUUGGGACCCUGUGGGCUCCCGAGGUUGCUCUUCCUGUUUGGCCUUGUGACCUCCUUUGACUUCGGCAGCCGUGAGGCGGACAGCAGGACACCCAGAAGCAGGGAGAUGGAGUCGGUGACCUUUGAGGAUGUGGCUGUGAACUUCACCCUGGAUGAGUGGGCUUUGCUGGAUCUUUCCCAGAAGAAGCUCUACAAAGAAGUGAUGUUGGAAACCUUCAGGAGCCUGGCCUUUCUAGAAGUCAAGUGUUAAGGAGACUUAGUGAAUGUAAAGAAGGUAGUGGAUAUGAAGAAAUCUUGAGUCAAACUCCAGACUGUAUUGAGAACAGUGCAGCUCUUUCUAAAGUAAAACCAAGUGAAAGCUAUGAAUGUGGAGAAGUCCUUA